AUGGACCACAGAUCGCAGUUGAGAAAAAUCGCGAAACAGAUUCCUCCAUGCUGGCCAAAACCUUCUAGUAACGCCGAUACCAUUGAUUCUUUUUUAGUCAUCCAGUUGGCGGACAAGGUUAAAGCGUUGUUCCUAGAGGUGUCCAAAGUCCUGGAUGAUUUACUGCAGUUCAUAGAAGAUCAAAAGAUAGUGAUGUUAAGGCGCACAUAUUCCGGUAUUAUGGAUGUCAGGGCAUCCACGAUUAGAAACAAUGAACAAUCAGCUUCGGAAGCAGAAAGUAUCGUUUCAGUUGAAGAUGACGGUUAUCCCGCUGCGCAAAAUUCACCGGAUCUUCAGGAGCGUGAACAUGAAAAUAUUUGUUUUCAAAAAACUGUACAGAAAGAAGAGAGCAGCGUGGUAGAAGAAGACUUCAGCAACAACAACAAUAGUUCUGAAAACAAUGCGAGGCCAAAGGAACGACGGCGUGUGACAGGGGCAAUGUGUACGGCUGCAGAUGACAAAGGGCCCAUCUGUGAAACCGAUGUCGGCUGUCCAGACAGAAAUUCUCUACAUCCCUCCGCUAAGACGGAGAAUCCACCCGCCAUGUUGAAAUUGGCAGAAAGGGCAUCAGAAAUGAAGACGGACAACGAAGCAUCGACUUCACACAUUAACCUUUCUACAGAAUCACCCGAUCAAGUAACCCCAGUGGAGGCACCACGUCCGGUCACAUUACCACAGCCUUCCCAAAACACAGAAGAUGUGAAACAGAGAACUGAGUCUGCCCAUCACGUGGACGCCAAUUUCCAGCAACAGUUGAAGUCUGGCGGUGUCGAUGAUGGCCCAGUGCAUGGUGUCAACCAAGAAAGUGCUCAGGAAGAACGACAUGCGCAAACAGAAUGCCCUAUU